UAAAUUUAAAAAAAAGACUAAAUCUUUUUUAUAAUGUAUAUUGUAAACAAAGAGAAAAUGUUCACAAUAGAAAAAGAUGAUGUGUGCGAAGGGCCUGGAAAGUAUUCAUAUUUUGUGACUCUCUGUUUAGUUCUCUGUUUAGUUCUCUGUUUGUAUUUCUUUUACGUCAAACAUCUAAACUGAUCGGGCCCAUAUGUGGUCAUAUGAAUUGCCAUUUAUAUGGCAAUUCAUAUGACCACGGACUGUCGACUGAACCAACUUGACGCGCCAAUUUAAAUAAAAAAAUCCGCCAACAUUUCAGAAUGAUUAAAAUUACCACUUUUAGAGCUCUACAAGACUCGAUUUUUUUAAAACAAAAAUAUCGCAAUUCUAAAAAUGAACUUUCAUACGACUCCUGUUAUGAUUGAAUGUAUCAGAUGUGAGACCAAGUGAUGCUGGAACCUAUCUGUGUGAAAUAUCUACACACCCACCAACGGUACUGCAUAAACUGCUCGAGGUCAAAGCUGCAAUCGUAGAAAUAUUGAGCGACAUGAACGCUGAUAGUAUUAAUCCAGUGUAUGGAGUUGAGGAUAAAUUUUACAAUCCUGGUUCUGAUAUUCAACUCAGCUGUGUUAUACGACGAGUGUCUGGCGGAACUGUGUGGUUAAAAGUUCACACGAACAUUAUGUGGAUCAAAGACGGAAAUGUGAUCGACUUACAUAAGAGACACUCCGUCAGUGUUGGUACUCAGGUAGAAGCGGAGAAAAUUAUAUCUACUCUUCUAGUAAAAGAAGCAAUGUUAUCAGAUUCUGGUAAAUACUCAUGCUCUCUUCCACAUCUGGCAUCUUCUUACUUUCCAAGAGCAGCAGUCAUGGUUCAUGUUAUACAAGGUGACCAUCAAGCAGUAUAUGGAGCAGCAUCUCUAACCAAUUCUUCAAGAUUUAUCUAUCUUCUGUAUGGAUAUUUACUGUGUUGCAGGAGACAGUUUCUGAUGAAUGCCUAAAAAAGAUAUUGUUAUUUCAUAUUAUUAAAUAUUAAACAUGGUUAAUGUUUUUAAAUCAAUAUUUUUAAAUUACAGUUUAAUUUAAGAAGCUAAUAAAUGCUAUCUAAAACUUUU